AUGUACCGAAGCGCCAGCUCGCUGCUGCCUAAGGCAGCGCAGGCACUCGCGCGCACGACCACCGCUUCCGCGCCGAUCCGCCCCGCGCUCGCCGCAUCCACCCCCAUCCCCGCACACACCCCCGCGCUCCCCAUCCCCCUCCACACCGCCUUCCUCCUCCCCGCAUCCGCGCGCGCGAUCGCCACUUCCGCACCCACCUCCGCUUCCGCCUCCCCCUCCGGCGCCGCCGCGCCCGCGGCGGGCGGAUCCGCGGUGGAUUACGUGGUGGCGAAGGUGGACGAUCUGAUGAACUGGGCGCGCACCAGCUCCAUGUGGCCCAUGACCUUCGGCCUCGCGUGCUGCGCCGUCGAGAUGAUGCACGCCGGCGCCGCGCGCUACGACCUGGAUCGCUUCGGGAUUAUUUUCCGGCCCAGCCCGCGCCAGUCGGAUGUCAUGAUCGUCGCGGGGACGCUGACCAAUAAGAUGGCUCCGGCGCUCCGCAAGGUGUACGAUCAGAUGCCGGAGCCGCGGUGGGUGGUGUCCAUGGGGAGCUGUGCCAACGGCGGUGGGUACUACCACUACUCGUACUCCGUGGUGCGCGGCUGCGAUCGCAUCGUGCCCGUCGACAUCUACGUGCCCGGCUGCCCGCCCACUGCCGAGGCGCUGCUGUACGGGCUGCUGCAGCUGCAGAAGAAGAUCCACCGCCGCCGCGACGUCUCUCUCUGGUGGCGCAAGUAG